CGAGCGAGCGAGCGAGAGAGAGAGAGUGUGAGUUAAGCAGGGGGUUGGCCAUGGUGGAGUGGGCUUGAGCUCUAACCUACGUAGGGAGUGUAGUUUAAGCUCAUUUCUGGUACUUGGGUUUGGGCAUUUGGGUUGUAUUUUUGGGUGGUGGGGUUGAGUAUGGCAGCUGCGCAGUUUAGAAGAGAGCGGACGAGAAUAGCAGUUGCUCGGGCUUUGUUCUUCUUCUCUUUCUGGUGUCUGAUAUCUCUAUCUGGCGCCGGUAGGCUGCCUUCCUCCCGGCAGAAGCUUGAAGUCCACAAGCAUUUAAAGCGCAUCAACAAACCCGCCGUUAAAACAAUUCAAAGCCCUGAUGGGGAUACCAUUGACUGCGUGCACAUCUCUCAUCAGCCAGCCUUUGAUCAUCCAUUCCUUAAAGACCACAAAAUCCAGAUGAGGCCUAGCUAUCACCCAGAAGGUCUAUAUGAUGAGAGUAAGGUGUCCACCAAGGAAACAACAAACCCAGUCACUCAGUUGUGGCAAAUGAAUGGUAGAUGCCCUGAAGAUACCAUACCCAUAAGGCGAACAAAGAAAGAUGAUGUUUUAAGAGCAAGCUCAGUGAAAAGGUAUGGAAAGAAGAAGCAUAGAACCAUACCUCAGCCCAGGUCUGCAGAUCCUGAUCUUGUCAAUGAAAGUGGUCAUCAGCAUGCAAUUGCAUAUGUUGAAGGAGAUACAUAUUAUGGAGCAAAAGCAACCAUAAACGUAUGGGAGCCCAAGAUACAGCAGCCUAAUGAGUUCAGCUUGUCUCAGAUUUGGAUACUGGGUGGUUCUUUUGGUGAAGAUCUCAACAGCAUUGAAGCUGGUUGGCAGGUCAGCCCAGAUCUUUAUGGUGACAACAACACAAGAUUGUUCACUUACUGGACGAGUGAUGCAUAUCAAGCCACUGGAUGCUACAAUCUUCUCUGCUCAGGCUUCAUUCAAAUCAACAGCCAAAUAGCUAUGGGUGCAAGCAUCUCCCCUGUUUCUGCCUACAGAAACUCCCAAUAUGAUAUCAGCAUCCUUGUCUGGAAGGAUCCAAAAGAGGGACAUUGGUGGAUGCAAUUUGGCAAUGACUUUGUGUUGGGCUAUUGGCCUUCUUUCUUGUUCUCAUACUUGGCAGAUAGUGCUACCAUGAUUGAGUGGGGUGGUGAGGUAGUGAAUUCAGACCCCAAUGGUCAGCACACCUCAACACAAAUGGGUAGUGGUCAUUUUCCUGAAGAAGGAUUUGGCAAAGCAAGUUAUUUCAGGAACAUUCAGGUUGUUGAUAGCUCCAACAAUCUCAAGGCUCCCAAAGGUAUUGGCACCUUCACUGAGCAAUCGAACUGCUAUGAUGUGCAAACUGGCAACAAUGGUGAUUGGGGUCACUACUUUUACUUUGGAGGCCCUGGUAGAAACCCAAAUUGCUCAUGAAGAGAGAGUAGAGACUCCAUAACAACCUCUGUUGUAUUAUUCAGUGUAGUCUAAUGUCUUAAUCUCUGUUCUGUAUACCUGUUUUUUUCUUUCGUUUUUGUCUUCGUAGGUUGGGUUGGUAAAUGUGAUCUUUGUUCUAGUGGGAGGUUUUUGACUCUUUUGCUUUUUUCCUUGAAAAGUUCUCCAUGUAAGAGAUGGUGGAGGUGGCCAAGUUUCCCAUAAGCUUAAAAGAAACAGGCCUUUGUCAUUUUCCUUUUAUAUUAUUUGUUUAUUGACUCCUCUCUUGGAGUGGUUUGUCCCUGGAAUGGAUGAAUGAGUUUAUGAGCUUGGUUGUUGAGCAAAAUGCUGCAUUUUAGAGCUUAUAGAAUUUCUACUUGGAGUUGUGUGGAAAGUAUGGUCUCUUCUGGUGGCGUGUGUCUAAUCUGGUGAGGGUGGGGAUGUGAUUUGGAUGAGAGCUGCAUGUGGGUGGAUGACAGUGUUUUUCACUUUUGGGCCAUCUCGCUUUUGUGAAGAACCCCACCACUACUUUUGAGUUUUUCAACAAUCUAUGGCAAUUUUUACAUAUAAUAAUAAUCUCUAAAG